CCUCAAUCUUUCAAGAACUGUCAGAUGGGAGUAUCGGCGUUUGAGAUUUGUUUUUACCGGUAUUAUUUUGAAUAGAUAUACUGUGAAUAUGGCAUCGGUGCAGAGGAAGAACAUGAAAUACCAGUCCUUGAGCCCCGCUGUCAGCUGUUCCCGUCUUCGUCAGGUUCAGUCAGUCCUGGGCGACAACAGCAAGUCCAAACCAGAUGGGAUCCUCUGUAUUCUUGGGAUUGACAGCAGGUACAAUGCGGGCUGCAUCGAGCUGGCUAACUACCUGCUCUUUGGAUUGUACAGUCCCAGGAACAUGGACCUGGAGAGGACAGAGUUCCCAGAGGAGGUGCUAGAUGAUGUGAUACUAUUGAUAAAGUCAGAGAGAGUCCACCUGUACUGCAACCCUGUAAAUUACAGCUACCUGCUGCCUUAUAUUGGCCACUGGAGAAACCUACACUUGCACUGUAUGACAAAGACUGAGUAUGAAGAUGAGGAGGCUGCAGAGGAGUUCAAAAUCUCCAGCUUUGUGGACACGGUUCAGGACUGCAGCUGCAUUGGAAUUCCCUACAGCUCCCACGGGCACGUUCAGAAGUUCGACAUCUUUGUUGUAGAGAAGUGGCCUAUCAUCCAGGCCUUUGGUCUUGAAGGAAUCGGAGCAGGCGGCUUUUUUACCAUGAAGCACAAGCUGAUUGACGUGAGCGAGAAGCUCUGGCAGUCUUACAGUAUGAUGGACCCUGUUGCCUUGGAGAUCCUGCUCACAGAGGACUUGGUGACAUUUGAGAAACAGUGGGCCAGCGUCUACUCCAACUUUGACAUUGACAGCCAUUCUUACAUCAUGGAGCUGUCUGAGGCACAGGCUGGGGAGCCCUUUCGCAGUUAUUGUAUUCAUGGACUGAUUUCCAGCCACACUGCUGACAAAAGUAAAAGCCAACAGCCGUUUGUGCUUUUUGGAUGCCACUCCACAAGAGAGUACCUGAACUCUUACUGCUUCACCUUUCCAUCAAAGGGGCACCAGGUUCGGAACAGCGGGAUUGGAGGCACCGCUGCCAAGCACAUGCUUGUACAAUGUGUGGCCCCUAAAGGACCCCUGGCGUGUGCACGCACUUGUUUCUUUGGAACUACUCAUGUCCCAUACUUGGGGAAUAGCAAUGAACAGUACAAGAGAACAGAACUGAUGAUUUUGUCUCAGAUAUAUGAAGCUACAGUCCAGGCUGUUCUGGCUGGUAUCAAAUGCUAUUCUUGCACAUUUAGUGCAGCCAAGGCAAAAGACAUGGCAAAUCAGACAUUCCAGUCAUCCCUGGAUUGCUGCAGUCUUACCCAGUACAAGAAUGCCCUCCAAUCCGAAACUGCAUUCUACAUUCAAGCUGUAAAUAAUGAAGGAAGGGUGGUUGAUUUAUUUAGCUUUUUGUUUAGGUCCUUAGUCAAAACUGCCUGCAUGACUGUGUAUGACAUUCCAGACUUGCUUGGAGGGGGAGGAGUUUUGGGUUCAGUGAUAUUCUCAGAAUCAUUCCUGGAGUCCUGUAUUUUUGUGAAAGAACAAGAUGGCAGUGUUUCCACAGAUAGCUGUUUUACCAUCCUGACGGCAUCCAUUCCAAUAUACGUCUCUUGGCUCGUAGACGACAAUGAUGUUAAGCUGUCUGAGAAGGCACAACAGCUUUUAAAGCAGGAGGAAGAGACCUGCCUUGGAAGGCCCCUUUCUGCAGGAGAAACAACUUUCAUUUACUCCAGCAGCCUGCUGGCCUGGCCAGAGGAAGGGAAAAUCAGUUUCUUCUCAUGAGGAAUUCUAUUUAUUCAUCCUCACUAUGGCAGCGUUACGAAUUCCAAGAAUUUGAUCAAUGCACUCAAGUUUUACGAUGGGGACUCCCCCAAUGUCGUUGCUGUGCUCCUUAUUGAGUAUAAGAGACCUCUGCUCCCGCACUUACCCUUCCAGCUUCACUCCACAUCCAACUGUCUCGCCUUUGCACUGCUGCCCAAAUCCAGGAGCUACAAGGCUUUCUAUUCACAGGUGCUGGCUUCAUGGAAACAGCAGUUAGAUGAUUCUGGAAUUGUGUUGAAGAUGGUACGGAGUGAGCAACUGUCAGAAGAACAAACAAACAUGCACAUCAAGUUGCAAAAACUUUACGAGAGCCAUUCAAUCCCAGUGGGUGAGAGGUGAUGCCAACUUAAAGCUGCCACUGCAGAGCUCCCACAGCUGGAAACAUUCAUGAAGCAUUUUGAAGUCAGCAGUGUUGGCAAGGAGCCAAUGAAAAGCACCCAGCUUCGUGCACUCUUUCAUCUGCCCAGUUUACCUGCAGACAUCUAUGAGGAAAGUGAAAAGGUGGUAAUUACCGUCAUUACAGGGCUUCCUGGAAGCCAUAAAGACAGCCUUUGCAACUUUCUUGUAAAUCUGAACAAAGAACAUGGACGGUGGGCGAUUUAUAGGCAAGCACCUGAUGGCUGCGAUUAUUUCAGUGCCGUGAACUUCCAGUGUUACCUGUCAAGUGUCCUUGAGAGCCAACGGGGCCGCAGUGCUCGACAAUCAGCCUACACACAGAAGAGACUGAGACUGCUAGUGAUCACUCCUGGAUACACAGAUACCAUCGACGCUGUGCAGGCCGUGCAGGCUCACCCUGACCCUGACGUUCAGUCUACCUUCUCCGUGGGCGCAGUGACAGCCUGUGUGGAUCCGCUCAGCAGCUACAUGGAGCAUAGAUUUCUAUUUCUAGAGUUCUUGGAACAGUGCUCUCAAGGUGUGGUCAGCAGUGUAGUAUUCACUGGCCUGACCGGCGAGCACACACAUCCCCUGCUCCUCCAGCUCCAGCACCUCAUCCGAGCUGCCAACCCCACAGCAGCCUUCAUCCUUGCUGAGAAGGGAGCCGUCACCCGGAGUGAAGACGUAGAGAUGAUUUUAUCUGGGAGCAGUUUUACAGAGCCCAGGCUGCUAAGAUCACGAUAUUUAAUGUAUCCUGGCUGGAGUGAUGGCAAAUUCAGUUCUGGACCUGUCUGUCCAUCCAUGACCCAGAUCACUGUACGCUUCCGUCGAGCUCUGGAUAAGCCACGCUUCAUGACUUGCUGUAAAGCAUUAAAAUCGACACUGAAACCAAAUCCCAUCACUGGAAAUGUGUACAACAUUCGGGGUAUGGUCAGAUUUUCAGACUCUGAGAAGGUCGUUGAAGUGAGCCACCACACCCUGACCAACAGCCUGAGCCUGCUCCCUGUGGAAGAGGGGCCCUGCCCCCCUUCUCAGAAUGGGGCCAGCAGGAGGGAGCCCUGUGACUGCUUUAUCGUGUUUGACGGCACCUGUCUGAGUGAGGAGACUUUGAGGGGCUGGCUCAGACAGUGUGCCAAUCAGAAACCUCCAAAGAAAGCCCUGAAGAGACACGCGAUCUUGACAAUGCAGGAGAUCAAGAGCAUUCAUGUGAAGAGACACUUGGAACCCCUCCCGGCUGGGUACUUUUACAACGGGACCCAGUUUAUGAACUACUUUGGAGAGAAAAUGGACUUCCAUCCAUUGAUGGAGCAGUUUAUUGAUGAGUAUGUAGAGGAGGCCAACCGUGAGAUUGAGCGGUACAACCGAGAGCUGGAGCAGCAGAGGCACGUGGACUUGUUUGAGCCUUAAAGGUCAUCCACAAGCUCCACGACCCACAGAUCAUUUCCACACACAGCACAACAGCGGCACCUUACAGAGGGGCCGCAUCAACCCCCUCAGUUAGCAUGCAUUAAACCAUACUUGGAUAUCCCAUGUACUAGGGAAUGGGACCAGGGUUUAACAGCAGUUGAUGAGAAAAGUGCAGACCUGUCCACGUAAGGCUUAUAAAAGUUUCCACUCCUGUGCCAGUUCUGAAAACUCAAAUGGGUUUUCCAAAGAAACUGCUUAAAAUAGUCACCUGAUACCACACACUCCUGCUUGUUUACCCAGUUUCAAAGGGUGAGCCAGGCACAGCUGUUUCAUGGACUGCAGCAAUGAGGGGCAAGCCUCGUGCAUUAGUGUGAUAUUUAUCUUCAAGAUGGAUUAGUCUGCAGAAAAUAAAGCAGAUAGAAUAACAAAAGAGUGAGGCUAAAGCUAGACGUGAAGGUCAGGAAAUUAGGCUGCCCCAUUAGGGGAUGCCAGUCACUUCACCACUUAAUUAUUGUUAUUUGUUUAUUUAGCAGAUGCCUUUCUCCAAGGCGACUUACAGAUACUUAAAUCCCAUUCCAGCUGUAAAACUAGAUGGUAGCAGCACCCCUGUGCUAAAAUGAUCAGUUAUGGAUAUCUCAUCCGGUUAUCAUGGUUGGUCUGCCCAAUUACACAAUCACUUUAAAAGUUUUGAAAAGUUGUUUUGAAUAAUAAAUACUCAGAUAUAUUUUUUAGGUUACCUAGGGGAACCUUGUGCAUCAUGACCUUGAGUUGUUGACUGGCACCUAAACAGUCAGUCAAUAUGUUACAGAGGCUGUAUUUGAUUUUUAGAAGCUUAAGGUACCAUUCCAGUUCAUUGUAGGUGGGUGGGG